UUGGCUGCGCUGUUGAGUGACACCUGAAACCCACCAAUCAGCGAGCGUCUCGGUGUGCGCUCGAGCUCAGGGCAAAACUGAGGCGAGCAUCAACGAAGCGCUCAGUCAAGUUUUGUGUUUCGGUCGGAGAGCCUCGGUUCUCCAAAGUUCUCUGUUCUGGUUCCUCUGGUGGAUUUUAACAGGUUUCCGUGGAACACCAACACGUUCAGCGCGUGCUAAAGUGACCCGAGGACAGCUGUCGCUUUAAAGCACACGCCUUCCCCUCCCCUUCACUUGUGACCCCCAUCAGAUAACAUGGACACGUUCUACGACCAGCAAGUCCCCUUCGUGGUUCCUCCUAGUCAGCAGACGGCCGCCAUGGACGGCGCAUCUCCAAACAGGAAGAGGAAGUAUGUGGAGUCGGAGCUGGCUCUGGACACAGAAGAACUCUUCCAGGACCUCAGCCAGCUGCAGGAGAUCUGGAUCGCUGAGGCCCAGGUUCCUGACGACGAGCAGUUUGUUCCAGACUUCCAGUCGGACAGCUUGAUGUUUCACGGCCCUCCUCCAGCCAAGAUUAAACGGGAGCUGACCCCCCCCAAAGAGCUGUCCCCCUGUCUUCAGGACAGGACCCCCACGUCCUUCAAAGAGAAGUGCCUCUACAGCUACAGAAGUGCCGAACUGCCAGUCCUCGUUUGGGAGAGCCGGGAGCUUCUACCAAAGCAGCCAUGACAGUUUCUCCUUCGACAGAGACGCCCAGCUGUACUUUGAUGACACCUGUGUGGUUCCUGAAAGGUUAGAAGGCAGAAUAAAGCAGGAGGCGGGGGUGUAUCGGGACGGGCCCCCUUACCAACGUCGCGGCUCCCUGCAGCUCUGGCAGUUCCUGGUGACACUGCUGGACGACCCCGCUAACGCCUACUUCAUCGCCUGGACCGGCCGGGGCAUGGAGUUCAAGCUCAUCGAGCCUGAGGAGGUGGCGCGGCGCUGGGGCAUCCAGAAGAACCGUCCAGCAAUGAACUACGACAAGCUGAGCCGCUCGCUGCGCUACUACUACGAGAAGGGCAUCAUGCAGAAGGUGGCCGGGGAGAGGUACGUGUACAAGUUUGUGUGCGACCCAGAGGCUCUGUUCUCCAUGGCCUUCCCCGACAACCAGAGGCCGAACCUGAAGGUGGACCUGGACGGGCUGCCGGGCCUGGACGAUGACACGCUGCCCCUCACCCACUACGAGGACGCCUCCCCCUACCUGCUGGACGCCGCGGAGCAGUGCGCCGGCCAGCUGCUGUCUGACGGCUUCUGCUACUGAGCCGCUCCUGACGCUCGCACACGUGCAAACACUCCUCAAGUCUGUCUGCGCUCUCUGGAGCGGCGCUGGGACACCCCCGGGGAGCCUGCCGAGCUCCUGAAGGAGGUGCUGAAGCCGCUCCCCUGCAAACCCUGACGGGUGGAACUGGACUCCACAGCUUCUCUGAGCAGGAAGCGAAGAGCUGCUGUUGCCGUGGAAACCGAAGCAAGCGAGGUCACGCAGCAUCAGCUUUUAGUGGACUGAUAACCCCCCCCGUACAAGACUGUCUGCUUUAGUGACAAUCUGCUCUUGUUAGAAAACACUGGAAUCUUUCUGGGGGGUGGAGUUUCCUUUUGUGGUCGCACUGUUUCCACGCCACGACUGAAUGAAGGUCACGAAGGGCUUUCCUCCGCUGUCCUCAACAGCUCAUCAUGUUUGUGUUUCAGGUAGUUCUGCGGGGGCUGCUCUCACCCCCACCUCCCCUUUUUUCCCCCUAAAAACUAGAGCAUGAACCCACUGUAUGACCCCCCCCUCACCUUCUGGGUCAACAAACACUCCAGUCAAAUAAGGGGUCACAAUGGGGGUGGGGUUACCUGCAUGAACGCGUCAUCCUCCUGCAUGGUUCUGUCAUCCUGGUUCUGUUCGCUCCAAACACGUCUAUUUUUGCUAUCAGGCUGCAUUUGUUGUUGUUUGUGGGUCACACAGUCCCAGCCCCCCUCACCUGGACCAUGAGCCAGUUCGCUGUGAUGCGAGGCUUCAGCCCCCCAUCCAUGUUCAUGAUAAUCUGUACUGGGUACAAUAAACAGUCCUUAAUGAUUCA